GCGGCGGGGAGGAGGCGAAAAAGUUUCUCUUGCGUGCCAGGCCAGAAGGGGCUUCGGAGCGGCUACGCUUCUCGGGUUGCAGCUGUGCCUCAGUUGGCUGUUCUUUUUAGUUUCCUUCGGUCUGCUCCGAGGCAUGAAAGGGCUUCGCUGCUGCGACUAAAAGAAAGGCGUUUACACGGAGUGAGAGGGAGGACCGCGUGCGCGCCCGGGCGGGAGGGAGGGCGCCCACUCCCCGGCUGAAAGUUUGUGCCCGGACCCCAGUGCGCACCCGGCUGCGGAGCGCCGGGCCGAGCGGGAGGCCGCAGGACCAAGAUGGGUGCGCCGAGGCUUCGCGCGCCUGCGGUGGCGCUGGGGCUGCUGCUGUGCGCGGUGCUGGGGUGCGCGGGCCUGGCCGGCGGCAGCCGCGGCGGCGGCUUGGGGACACUUGGCUAUCCCUCCGGGGUCGCCGCAGAGCGCCACUGCCCCACUCCCUGCCGCUGCCUCGGAGACCUGCUGGACUGCAGUCGCCAGCGCCUGGCGCGCCUUCCCGAGCCGCUCCCGUCUUGGGUCGCUCGUCUGGACUUAAGCCACAACAGAUUGUCUUUUAUCAAAGCAAGUUCCAUGAGCCACCUUCAGAACCUUCGAGAAAUAAAACUGAACAACAAUGAAUUGGAGACCAUUCCAAAUCUAGGACCUGUCUCAACAAACAUUACACUUCUCUCCUUGGCUGGAAACAGAAUUAUUGAAACAGUGCCUGAACAUCUGAAACAAUUCCAGUCCCUCGAAACUUUGGACCUGAGCGGCAAUAAUAUUUCAGCACUUAAAGUGGCAUUUCCAUCCCUACAACUCAAGUAUCUGUAUAUCAACAGCAACCGGGUCACAUCCAUGGAACCUGGUUGUUUUGACAAUUUGGCCAACACACUCUUGGUGUUGAAGCUGAACAGGAACCGACUCUCAACUAUCCCACCCAAGAUGUUUAAACUUCCCCAACUGCAGCACCUUGAACUGAACCGAAACAAGAUUAAAAAUGUAGAUGGACUCACAUUCCAAGGGCUUGGUGCUCUGAAGUCCCUGAAAAUGCAGAGAAAUGGAGUAACAAAACUUAUGGAUGGAGCUUUUUGGGGGCUGAGCAACAUGGAAAUCUUGCAGCUGGACCAUAACAACCUCACAGAGAUUACCAAAGGCUGGCUUUAUGGCUUGCUGAUGCUGCAGGAACUUCAUCUCAGCCAAAAUGCCAUCAACAGGAUCAGUCCUGAUGCCUGGGAGUUCUGCCAGAAACUCAGCGAGCUGGACCUGGCUUUCAAUCACUUAUCGAGGUUGGAUGAUUCAAGCUUCCUUGGCCUGAGCUUACUAAAUACACUGCUCGUCGGAAACAACCAAGUCAGCUACAUUGCUGAUUGUGCCUUCCGGGGCCUUUCCAGUUUAAAGACUUUGGAUCUGAAGAACAAUGAAAUUUCCUGGACUAUUGAAGACAUGAAUGGUGCUUUCUCUGGGCUUGACAAACUGAGACGGCUAAUACUCCAGGGAAACCGGAUUAGAUCUAUUACCAAAAAAGCCUUCACUGGUUUGGAUGCAUUAGAACACCUAGACCUGAGCGACAAUGCAAUCAUGUCAUUACAAGGCAAUGCAUUUUCACAAAUGAAGAAACUUCAACAAUUGCAUUUAAAUACAUCAAGCCUUUUGUGUGAUUGCCAAUUAAAAUGGCUCCCACAGUGGGUGGCAGAAAAUAACUUUCAGAGCUUUGUAAAUGCCAGUUGUGCCCAUCCUCAGCUGCUAAAAGGAAGAAGUAUUUUUGCUGUUAGCCCAGAUGGCUUUGUGUGUGAUGAUUUUCCAAAACCCCAGAUCACGGUUCAGCCAGAAACCCAGUCGGCAAUAAAAGGUUCCAAUUUGAGUUUUAUCUGCUCGGCUGCCAGCAGCAGUGAUUCCCCAAUGACUUUUGCUUGGAAAAAAGACAAUGAACUACUACAUGAUGCUGAAAUGGAAAAUUAUGCACACCUCCGGGCCCAAGGUGGCGAGGUGAUGGAGUACACCACCAUUCUUCGGCUGCGCAACGUGGAAUUUACCAGUGAAGGGAAAUAUCAGUGUGUCAUUUCCAAUCACUUUGGUUCAUCCUACUCCAUCAAAGCCAAGCUUACUGUAAAUAUGCUUCCUUCGUUCACCAAGACACCCAUGGACCUUACCAUUCGCGCUGGUGCCAUGGCGCGCUUGGAGUGUGCUGCCGUGGGGCACCCAGCCCCUCAGAUAGCCUGGCAGAAGGAUGGGGGCACAGACUUCCCUGCUGCAAGGGAGAGACGCAUGCAUGUUAUGCCAGAAGAUGAUGUCUUCUUUAUUGUGGACGUGAAAAUAGAGGACAUCGGGGUCUAUAGCUGUACAGCUCAAAACAGUGCAGGAAGUAUUUCUGCAAACGCAACUCUGACCGUCCUAGAAACACCAUCGUUUUUGCGGCCUCUGUUAGACCGAACUGUCACUAAAGGAGAGACGGCCGUCCUACAGUGCAUUGCUGGAGGUAGCCCUCCCCCUAGGCUGAACUGGACCAAAGAUGACAGCCCCUUGGUGGUAACUGAAAGGCACUUUUUUGCAGCAGGCAAUCAGCUGCUCAUUAUUGUGGAUUCAGAUGUCAGCGAUGCUGGCAAGUACACAUGUGAAAUGUCUAACACCCUUGGAACUGAGAGAGGCAACGUGCGCCUCAGUGUGAUCCCCACUCCCACCUGCGACUCCCCCCAGAUGACCGCCCCGUCAUUGGACGAUGAUGGCUGGGCCACCGUGGGAGUCGUGAUCAUAGCGGUGGUUUGCUGUGUGGUGGGCACGUCCCUCGUGUGGGUGGUCAUCAUAUACCACACAAGGCGGAGGAAUGAGGACUGUAGCAUUACCAACACAGAUGAGACCAACUUGCCAGCAGAUAUCCCUAGUUAUUUGUCAUCUCAGGGGACAUUAGCUGACAGACAGGAUGGAUAUGUCUCCUCAGAAAGUGGAAGCCACCACCAGUUUGUCACUUCCUCAGGAGGCGGAUAUUUCUUAACACAGCAUGACAGCAGUGGGACUUGCCACAUUGACAACAGCAGUGAAGCCGAUGUGGAAGCUGCCACGGAUCCAUUUUUUUGUCCCUUUUUGGGAUCCUCAGGACCCGUGUACUUGAAGGGGAACGUGUAUGGUUCAGAUCCCUUUGAAGCCUAUCACGCAGGGUGCAGUCCUGACCCAAGAAAAGCUUUAAUGGACCAUUGUGAGCCCAGUCACCUAAAGAAAAAGGAGUGCUACCCAUGUCCUCAUCCUGCAGAAGAAAUCUGCGAUCGCAGCGUUAGUAAUGGCGGGUUGCCCUCACAUGUGAGGAAGCUGGUUAACUCUACUUACUCUCAAAAUGAAGGAGCCGGAAUGAAAAACUUGUGUCUAAACAAGUCGUCUUUAGAGUUUAGUACAAAUCUGGAACCCGCUUCAGUUACUUUGAGUAACUCUUUCCUGGGUACAUUUGGGAAGCCUCUGAGGAGACCUCACCUGGAUGCCUUUUCAAGCUGUGAACAGCCAUCAGACUGUCAGCCAAGAGCCUUUCACUCGAAGGCUCAUGCUUCCCCAGACUUGAACUCUGAGGCUGAGGAAGAUGGGAAAUUUGAAAGGACAGAUUUUCAGGAAGAAAAUCACACAUGUUCCUAUAAACAGACCUUGGAAAACUACAGGACUCCAAAUUUUCAGUCUUAUGACUUGGAUACAUAGACCAAAUGGGACCAAAGAACUGUUCUAACAUACUACCUCAAGUGGAUUUUAUUUAAAAGAAAGAGAAUCGUAUGUUUUUAAAUGGAGCUAUGAAUUCUAAAAGGACAAACUGCCUUAUUUAUACAGAUCAACCACAAUUACAAAAAAAGUUAUAAAAAAUUUAUACAGGGAAUAAGUUUGAUAUAGGAAUAUCAUUUUAAACUAUUUUAUAACGUUGUUUUAUGCAAAAAGGUAUCUUAUGUAAAUUAAUGGUAUAAAUCCCACGACUGUUUUAUGUAUUUUUAUAAUGCCAGAUUUCUUUUUAUGGGAAAUGAGUACUAAAGCAUUUUAAAUAAUACCUGUCUUGUACCUUUUUUGAAUAGCGGUCCCUUCAUUUUGUUUUGCACAUCACUUUUAAUAAAAAGUGUCAUUUUCAUCACAAACUCCCAUUUAUACAAUAGCACAUUGUAAGUAGCAUUCUGUCCUUGCUACAAUUAUUACUG